UAGUAGCAUGCACACUGCUUCUUCUUGUUUGAAGGAAACACAAUUUUUUUUUUUUUUGCAUUGGUGAUUGUGCCUUGAGAAUUGAAAAAGAAAGAAACAGUUUCAUAGUUUGUGAUGUGAUUAUGAGUUGAGUGGUUUCACUCAAAGGUUGUUUUCUUUUCAACAAGAAAAAAAUAAAAAAUAAAAAAUAAUAUACAUUUCUUCUUCCACUCAUUAUUCUUAGACUUAGAAGAAACACAAGUUCUUAGGAAUAGAAUGGUUUCCUUAGAAGAAAAGGUUAAAAGUGUUGGUGUUGGAGUUGGAGUUGGAGGAGGAGGACUUGUUGCUGAAAUGAAAUUGCUUAAAGAAAUGCAGGAACAUUGUGGGGUUAGAAAGACUUUAAAUUCAGAAUUAUGGCAUGCUUGUGCAGGACCUCUUGUGUCUUUGCCUCAAGUGGGGGGUCUUGUGUAUUACUUCCCUCAAGGACAUAGUGAACAGGUGGCAGCUUCUACUAGAAGAACAGCAACCUCACAGAUUCCAAACUACCCAAAUCUUCCAUCUCAGUUGUUGUGUCAAGUUCAAAAUGUUACACUGCAUGCUGACAAGGAGACAGAUGAAAUCUAUGCACAAAUGACUCUCCAACCAUUGAAUUCGGAAAAAGAAGUGUUUCCUAUAUCUGAGUUUGGACUAAAGCAAAGUAAGCAUCCCACUGAGUUUUUCUGCAAAACGUUGACUGCAAGUGACACAAGCACACACGGCGGCUUUUCUGUUCCACGAAGGGCGGCAGAAAAGCUAUUUCCUCCGUUGGAUUACACAAUUCAACCUCCAACUCAAGAACUUGUUGUUCGAGAUUUGCAUGAUAACACCUGGACAUUUCGACAUAUAUACCGAGGUCAGCCAAAGAGACACCUUCUCACAACAGGAUGGAGUUUGUUUGUGGGAUCGAAAAGGCUUAAAGCAGGCGAUUCUGUUCUUUUUAUCAGGGAUGAGAAAUCGCAAUUGCGAGUUGGUGUAAGGCGUGCUAACCGUCAACAGACAACGCUGCCUUCGUCGGUACUUUCAGCUGACAGUAUGCACAUUGGUGUGCUAGCCGCUGCAGCUCAUGCUGCUGCUAAUCGAAGUCCAUUCACGAUUUUCUACAAUCCAAGGGCAUGUCCUUCAGAUUUUGUUAUUCCACUAGCCAAGUAUAGAAAAUCUGUUUAUGGGACUCAACUCUCAGUUGGCAUGAGAUUUGGUAUGAUGUUUGAGACCGAGGAAUCGGGUAAGCGCAGAUUCAUGGGUACAAUUGUCGGUAUCAGUGAUGUGGAUCCUUUGAGGUGGCCGGGUUCUAAGUGGCGAAAUAUUCAGGUGGAGUGGGAUGAGCCAGGAUGUGGCGACAAGCAAAAUAGAGUUAGCGUAUGGGAGAUCGAGACUCCAGAAAGCCUUUUUAUCUUUCCUUCUUUGACUUCGAGCCUAAAAAGGCCAUUACAAACCGGAUUUUUGGAAAAUGAGUGGGGAAAUUUGUUGAGGAGACCUUUUAUUAAAGUACCUGAAAGUCAAACAAUGGAUCUUUCAAACUCGAUGCCGAAUCUCUACCAAGAACAAAUGAUGAAGAUGCUUUAUAAACCUCAAGUUAUCAACAACAAUGGAGCCUUUUUACCUACCAUGCAACAAGAAUAUGCUCCUAUAAGACUUCCCUUGCAAGAAAUGAAGUCCACACAGCUAAUAGAGAAUCCGAAAUUUCAUCUCGCGAAUACAGAGAGCAUACCGAUAAAAAGUCAACAUUCUCAAUCUAUCCCUGACCAAACUAAUACCUUUAACAUGCAUUCAUUGUUGAAAAGUGAUCAACCUGAAAAAUUGCAUCAUCCGGCCAAAAUGGAUAAUCAUUUGCCUUCUGGAACCGUUACUGAUAAGCCUAAAUUAGAAUCUGAGGUCUUACCUGAUAAUAUGUUUGACCUACCUUCUUUGGAAGGCUGCAACGUUGAUAAAGUGGCUGCACCGAAUCUUGUUAACUCUCAAAGCCUAACAAACCAAUUUCCAUAUCAUAAUCAAAACCAAAAUCCACUACUCAAUCAAUCUAGUAGUGCAUGGCCUAUGCAGCAACCUCAGUUAGAAUCAUCAAUAUCACAUCCUCAAAUGGUCGACAUGGUCCAACCCGAUUCUUCUAUUGUAAACAGCAUGCUCCCUCAGCUAGACAUCGAUGAAUGGAUGAUGUAUCCUCAAGUAGCGAAUCCCUCUAUGCCUUCAAUGAACCAAGAUGUGUGGGAUCAUUAUGUCAAGAAUUUCAAGUAUUUAUCUCAGCCAGAUCAGUUAACAACAUCUAGCAUCAUUCAGCAAGAAGUGUAUGGAUUCAAUGAUAUAUCUAGUUCAAACAACUUGAGGGAUCUUUCAUCCGAAAGCAAUAACCAAAGUGAAAUAUGUGUCAAUGUGGAUGGGAGUAAUAGUGUGAGUACCGCCAUAGUUGAUCCUUCUACUUCAAGCACUAUUUUCGACGACUUUUGCACAAUGAAGAAUAAAGAGUUUCAACAUCCUCAAGAUUGCAUGGUUGGCAACUUAAGUUCUAGUCAGGACGGUCAGUCUCAGAUAACCUCCGCGAGUCUAGCUGAGUCGCACGCCUUUUCGCUCCGAGACAACUCGGGUGGUACAUCUUCAAGUCAUAUUGAUUUUGAUGAAAGUAGCUUUCUUCAGAAUAAUAAUAACUCAUGGAAGCAAGUAGCUGCACCGAUCCGAACCUACACAAAAGUGCAAAAAGCAGGUUCUGUUGGAAGAUCAAUUGAUGUAACUACUUUCAAGAACUAUGAAGAGUUGAUCUGCGCAAUCGAAUGCAUGUUUGGAUUGGACGGUCUGCUGAAUGAUACGAAAGGUUCAGGAUGGAAAUUAGUAUAUGUAGAUUAUGAGAGUGAUGUUCUACUUGUUGGUGAUGAUCCUUGGGAGGAAUUUGUAGGGUGUGUGAGGUGUAUCAGAAUAUUAUCACCUUCAGAAGUUCAACAGAUGAGUGAAGAAGGAAUGAAGCUUCUAAACAGUGGAGCAUUGCAAGGAAUCAAUGUUUGAAGAAUACCAUAAUGUUUUGAUAUUAGUAUUUUCUUGUAACCUUCUUGGUCAUAACUGUUUUUAAUUUCCAUGCAAUAUUCCUAAAGACAUUUGUUGACAAAUGAUCUUGUAAUGUAUGAACUAAAAGGACACUCAUUUGGUAGGUAUGGACCAAAGUAACACUCAUCAUAGGUUACAUACCUUAACUUAUAAUGUAAUCUUGCAAACAAGUAGAAAUAUUAUGCUUUAUGUUUUAGUA